AUGUUGGUGAUUCUCCUGAUCUUGUACGUUGUUGUGUUUGUUUAUCUCACCGUGAUUUGGCAAUUGGCGAGUGUGAUCUCGGUUCUUGAAGAUGUGUAUGGAAGGAAGGCGAUGGUGAAGAGCAGGAGGCUGAUAAAGGGCAAGAUGGGUAUGUCGGUUGGGUGUUUUCUUGGUGUCCUGCUGUUGUCUGCCCUGGUUGAGGCACUGUUUGAGUGCCUUGUGGUCUUGGACUUGGUUCAAGGGAUUGGAAUCAGGAUUGCGGUUGGACUGAUCUGCUUGUUGUUGCUGCAAAUGAUGGUCCUUUUUGAUUUGGUAGUCCAGACAGUGAUCUACUUUGUCUGCAAGUCUUACCACCACGAGAACAUUGAUAAGUCCUCUCUGUCUGAGCAUCUCGAGGUCUAUCUCGGAGACUACGUCCCUCUAAAGGCAAAUUCUGUCCAGCUUGAGCAACUUCAUGUCUGA